AGGCACUCGCAACAGCUGCAGCCAUGAAGUACGCCGUCGCCGUACUGGUCGCCGGGACGUUCCUGCUGGGCUGCUGCGCAGCGCCCGGCGGCGCUCAGCAGCAGGCGGCCGGCGGCUUCUUCAACGCCAUCUGCCCCGGCUGCGUGGACGCCCUCGAGGGCGCGGCGAGCGCGGGCGAGGAGUCCGCCUACGACGCCUGGAACGCCGCUUUCGGCCCCGACUCCCCCAUAUACGAGUGGGCUGAGCACGUGGGCUCAAAAGCAGGCGGCGGCAGCGGGGGCGCGGCGGUCCGCCGCACGGGUGCAGUCGGCGCCGCGCACGCCAGGAGGGGCGGCGCCGCCCGCGCCGCCCACGCCGCCCGCGCCGCCCACGCCGCCCACACCGCCCACGCCGCCUAAACGUGCACCCGACCACGAGCCGUCCGACGCUGCCUAGCGGAACCUCCUGCGUCGAACUGCCCAUUAAAAGACAACGGAAGAAAGUGUCUUUGUUCACUCAUUUGUAUAUUUAUAAAACUCAUUGCACUUAUUUAUGUAAAUCUAUCUCUUCCACUUGUCCUCCCCUAGAUCGAUUCCACCCACAGUAGGUUCCCAUGUCACUUAUCAUCUGAAGAAAUGCACUGCGUGGGUAAUAACCAUUUACUUUCCGUAAGAGUAGGUAGUGGGGCUGACAUAGAAGUGUAACUCAACAACAUCUGGAACAAAUUGGACCAAAUUUUGUGUAUACAUGAAUGAGUUUUUGUUUUUCUGGCAUAAAAUUACGGUGGGACUAAUAUACAGAUAGCAUUCCUAGGCCUUGGGACGGGGAAGAGUCGUCGUGACUUGUAAAAUUUUUCUAUACAGACGUUAAUAUAAAAUCCAUAGCUCUUUUGGCCUCUGGACUUGUUGGUGACACUCACGAUGACGUGACAGCGUAGGAGCUGGAAGGAGGCUGGGGUUGGCGGGAUGGAAUGGGAACAAAGACAGGUGACGUAUCAAUAGUACUGUCACGAUUGACACAAUUCCUACCAAACUCUGCACACGCCAUCGUCACAGUCACACGUCGUCGUACUCAUUUCUGAGUGUCGCGAACUCGUGCACCAAGUGUCUCCAUCCCGGACGGUUAUCGGCUUCUCUCAGAGCCUGCUAAAGAUAUACGCUGGAGUUGUUCAUUCGAUCCAUCCACCUGCUCUCUGCGCUUCCCCUAGGUCUCGAUUGUUCGAUUUUGUCUUCUACGACUACUUUUUCUUGAUUUUCUCUAUCUCUUCUCAAAAAGAAAGGCGCCUGGAGAUACUGAGUUGCUCAACAACGAACACAUGUGUUCUCUUUUCGGUCUAAUUUAUGCCCUGCAUCCUGCACCAGAACCAAUGCUUAAAUGCAGCAAUACGCUACCUGCCCUUGGCCUUAAGGUUUCGUGUCACGCAUUUGUAAAAGAAGUCGGGAAAUACGACUGUUUCAACAGGUGGGCCUUCCUGCCACGGACGUUUCAGCUCUGUUCUGCCACAUCUUGGCGAGCUUCUUCAUAACACGCGCUCUAGAGUGCUCCGUCCUCUCAUCUUCACAGCUUCUUGCGUCUCAAAUGAUCCAAGAUAGAUGACAGAAUGCACGACUUCCAGUUCCUUUAAUCAACCUAGAUUUGGACCUGCGUUCCCUGAUCCGUUACCAUGAAUCUGGACUUUCUGAGAUUGAUGUCUAAUACAUGAUAGACUAACAUCCUUUACAUUUGUUAGUUGUUCAACAAGUUCAUCGUUUCUGCUGGUUGGAAGCAUGGUGUCGUCGGUAAACAGGAUUUAAAUAACAGUUCUUUAACCGUUUCAUCUGUCUCUAAACCAACCAUCACUUGGUAUAUGCAUGAUCCGUUAUUGGAAGUAAGAUGCUUCUGCAACCCAUUAAGUACGGGGUAGAUAUGAGAAGGGGAAUGUUGUAGCAAUGCUAAAAAACGCCCUGAUGGUAUUUCUUUCCAGUAUUUAAUUGAAUUCGUAACCUGUAGUAUGAAGUGCAAUCUGUCUCUUGUUUGUGUUGAUGAUUUUGUCAACGAGGUCGCGAGAAUGAGCACUGGAGCAAGCCAACAGUUUUGUCAGCGUAUUUGGGGAACAGAGAUCGUGCCACACGGUAGAAUAUAGCGCGUAGAUUUAACACCGUCUCUCGAGUCGCAUGGUCUAAAGUAGCGGAAAAACAGUUUCCAACGAUAGUUGUUUUUCUCGAAACAAAGAUCAGUUACUGUUGUCACUAUGCCUCCUCGCGUGUAACGAAACGGAAAUCUGACGUUCAGUUUC